AUGGCUACUUCAAGGAAAUUUGGAAAGCAACUUUCUCUAAAUGAGAUUAUUGAGGAAUUGGCGCAAAAUGAUGAUGAUGACAUCCCAGAAUCUAUUACAAUAAUGCCACCGGAAAAUUGUAAUGCUGAGGUAACGGAUGAAGACUCUGGAGAUGAAGACUUGGUGUCACUUCAAAACUUGCCGGGAUCUCAACUAAGGGCUGCUGCUGAGGUCCAGUAUGGCAACAGCUGUGAUGAUUGGGAGAGUGAUGAUGAUCUAUCAUUAGCCGAAGUAAACAAAAGGCGACGUCAAAAUUUUGAAAAUGUGCUUCCACAUCCCAAGCCUCGCUUCUUCAAGGACCGGAUCCGGUUUCACCUGCUGUACCAGUACCUUCUACUUCAACAAAUGCUCCAACUAUGA